UCGACAGACAGCCUUGCCGACUCGCAAGAUGCUGCUCCGAGACAAAGGUGUCCUCCGGACCGUCUUCAUGGCCGUAGCCUCCGUGUUCGGCUACGCCAUCUUAAUCUUCCUGCAGUACGGUCUCCUGGCGCUCCUGGCGUUCCGCAGGGCCGCCAAGAAGAUGAAGCACAAGCUGACGUUUCCGCACCUCAACAGUGGUACGGGUUACUCGGGACUGUUGACGCUCAGGGAGUGCGUGCGGCACGUGAAACAAGUGCCCAAGGACGCCGGGAUGGCCGUUCUCGAGGAGACGGUGGACCUCCACGCCGUCGCCAGGUUCAUCCUAUGGUGCAUGGCGGUGGGCAUCAAGACUCUCGCGGUGUACGACAUCAACGGAACCGUGUUGGAAAAGGUCGAGCAGUUCAAGACGGUCAUGAAGGAUGCUCUUCAAGAUGCCCGCUGUCCCAAGGAUGCCGUGCAGUUCGUCCAAAACAGUGAUGAUGCUAAGAACAUAAACGGCACAGCCGAGGUCAAACUGUACGUCAUCGGUCCCGAAGCAGGCAGGGCUGGUCUAGCCACCGCGCUCGGAACACUCUGCGAGGACUACAAGCGCGGACUGCUCAAGGACGAAGAUGUCACCCAGGACACCGUAGACAAGUACAUCAAGAAUCAAGCGAACGGCAUGCCGGAUCCAGAAAUUAUCUUCCGUUUUGGCAAUUCCAACGCCCUCCUUGGAUACCCCCCGUGGCACGUUAAUCACAGCGAGAUUCUGGAUCUGGGAUACCACAGGGACGUGCUGCCUUCGGAGUUUGUCGAAGUCCUCGAAAUAUACAGCAAGAUUGAGAAGCGAUAUGGCAAGUGAACAGCUGGUACACCGGAAGGCCUGCCGGAUCGAACUGGGACGUCUACACAAGAACAUAAUCAUCGGGGAUCAUGUUGCGAUGGAUUAGCAUCUGUAAAAAUAAAGGUAUCUCCUGGUA